AUGGAAGCCCCUCUCGUCUGCCUGGAUGAGGAGUUCGAGGACCUGCGCCCAUGUCGCAUGGACUCCCCAGAACAUUCCACCCACUCGACCUACUCCACCUCCUCCACCGUGGCCCUUGUGCCCAUCACCCGUGAGGACUUCUCAGAGCUGGACAACUUCUCCGAGAUGAUGAGCUUCAAGUCCAUGGAGGACCUGGUCAAUGAGUUUGACGAGAAGCUCAACGUGUGUUUCCAUAACUACAACACCAAGACAGAAGGCCUGGCCCCCAUCCGCAACCAGAGUCACAGCCAAGAGGACGAGGAGAGGCUGCAGGAUGAAGAGUGA